AUGACCAUCUUGCAAGACUACUUGCUGACCAAGAAUGGAGAAAAGAUUGAUGACUAUUACGGUGCUGAAGAAACAAAAGAUAGUCGGAAACCUUCUUUUGAGGUUGAUGAGAAUAAGUCAGAUUCAGUAAGUAGCAGUUCAUCAUUAGAGAACUUAUUAAGUAUAGACGAAAAAACUGUACCACUAAUUCCCGAAAGACAGAAAGUUACAAAAAAAGAUCCUUAUAAAAUAUUUGAUGACUUUCGAACCAACGACCCUAAGAUUGAACCAGAAAUAUUUAAGAAAGAUUUUAAUCCACAUGUUAAAGUAACUGAACAACUAAAAAGUCAACUCAAUUUUGAAAGAGAUAGCUUUCAAAAUACAACAAAAUUACACAAAAAGACAACGCGGCCGAGGAAUAAAAAGAAACGUCCAAGUGUAACUCUUAAAAAAUACUUUCGGUUGCAUAAAACAACCAAUUCUGAUAAUAAUAAUGACUUUUUAGUAAAUAAUAAGGUAAAAAGACUUAACCCUCUCAAAAAUAAACAUAUUGUACCCGUUCCAGAGGUGUCUGAUGAGUUUAGUACAUCUAAUAGACAAUUUCUUAUAAAAUCAAACAAUUCAAAAAACAAAAAAAAGUUCGACACAUUUAGCAAACUUCUAAAUAACAGUGAAACUAAAUAUCCUAAAUUGAAUAAACCACGAAAAUCGAGAAAUUUUGUGAUCUUGAGAAAUCGAGAGAUUAUUCUCUCUGAAAAUAAGGACGAUAAUAGUAAAAAUUCAGUAAUGCUUUUAGAGAGUAAAGAAUUAGAUAAUGCAUUAGAACAAGCAGAUCAACUAUUGAAGGAGCAACAAUUUCAAAUACAAAAUAGAAAAGUUUUGCAUGAAAUUCAACCUCCAUUAACAAGAGGUUUUGACACAUCAAAAACUGAAUUGAUAACGGAACUUCAGACUAUCAAAAAUGUUAAUGAUAACUUUAAACCACAUAAAGAUAAGUUUACCUUAACAAUAUUAGACAUAGAUGAAAAUGGAGAACAGUUUAAGCUUAACGAUUUAUCUUCUCAUCGAGGGUCCUCUUUACUAGAUGCUAAUAUUUUUAAACACAUGCUGCGAAAAUCCUCUGAACCUAAAAAGGUAUCGUCCAUAUCUAAAGUCUUUCAAAAUAAUGAGGCUGAUAGCCUUAAAAGGACACUGAAACCAUCUCUGAUUAGAAAGCAACAAUCUGUAGAAAUAGGGACGAUUGAUAAAAAUGAAAAGGAACCUUAUGAUCAGCUUGAUGUCAUUUUUGAAAGUGACCAAAAAGUGUCAGAUUUUGGUCUUAGAGUUAAGUCAAAAGCGCAAACUGAAGGCGUUUUUGUCGAUAAAUCUAAACUGGAUAGAAUAAAAUCUGGUAAUACAGUCUUAAGUGAGGCUGAUUUUAAAAACGAUGUCAAGCUUAACAUGAAGUAUAAACCUAAUACAGUUAUGAACGACAAAAAAGAUAAAAUUACUAAUAAAGAAAACAAAGUUGAUCUGAAUUGUGAUUUUUCUAAAGCAGAAAUUGUACAAACAGAUAGUUAUGAAACUGAUGAGAAAUCAGAAGAUGGAUUUAUUAACGUAAACGAACAAUCGGAUCAGGAGGAUCAAUCGGAAUCAGAAUCAAUAAAACACAUACAGGAGCGGACAGAACAAAACAGAACAGUGCAGGGGAAGAGCAUAAGCGAAGCAAAAAAGAUAUAUAAGUCUGACAUGAGCAAAGAUUCCUCUGAAAGCGAAUCGGAUACAUCUUCAAGUAAAGAAGAUAGGUCAGAUGACACGGAUGAAACAGGUCUGCCAAAGCAUCCGAUUAAUAAAUCAGUUUCAGUAAGUAGCAGUUUAUCAUUAGAGGACUCAUUUAGUGUAUACGGAAAAACUCCGAUUCCCGAAAGACAGGAAGAAACAAUAACUGAUAUUUAUAAAAUAUUUGAUGAUUUUCGCACUAAGGACCCUGAGAUCGACCCAGAAAUAUUUAGGGAUGAUUUUAAUUCACAUAUUGAAGUAAUCGAUAGUCAAAAAAGUCAACUUAAUUUUAAAAGAGAUGGUUUUUAUAAUACACCAAAAUUGAACAAAAAGACAACGCAGCUGAGGAAUAAAAAUACACAUUCAAGUGUAACUCGUACAAUACACUAUCGUUUGCAUAAAACAAUGAAUUCUGAAGAUAAUAAUGAUUUAUUAGUAAAUAAUAAAGUAAAUAUACCUAAUCCUCGUAAAUCACAUUCACUCGUGACUGAAAAUAUUCCCCGAACACAAAGUUUAAAUGACUUAGAACCAAAGAUACGCAAGAGUAAACAACGCAAACAUAAACCAAUUGCACCUAUUUCAGAAGUGUCUGACGUGUUUAGUACAUAUAAUACAAAAUUUCUUUCAAACCUGAAAAAAUCAAAGAAUUCAAAAGAAUACGUAAAGUCCGAACCAUUUAACAAACUUGUAAAUAAACGUAAAAAUAAAUUACCUCGAUUGAAUAAACGACGAAAACCGAGAAAUCGCAAUGAUUCUGAGAAUAGGCAUGAGAAAAGAAAAUAUUCAGGAAUCCCUAUAGAAGGUAAAGAAUACAAUAAAGUCCGUCACAUACAACCUGAAUUAGAUAUUGCUUUAGAGCAAGCAGAAUUACCGAAAGAAAAACAACAUAAAACACAAAAUAAAAAAGGUUUGCUUACUAUUCUUCGUUCACUAACAACAGAUUUUGUUACAUCCAAAACUGAAAUGACUGCCGAUUCCGAAGUUCCGAUUGUCAAAAAUGUAAAUGACAACUCUAAACCACAUAAAGACGAGUUUACCUUAGGAAUAUCAGACACUCAUGAAAAUCAAGGACAAUCUAAGACUGAGGAUUUAUCUUCUCAUUUAGGGUCCUCCUUACUAGAUAUGGACGUUAGCAUGUAUCAACACAUACUGGGACAAGAACCUAAAAAGGUGUCAUCAGUCUCUAAAGACUUUCAAAAUAAAAAAGCUCAUAGCCUAAAAAGCACACUGACAUCAUCUUUGAUUGUAAAACAACAACCUGUAAAAGGAAUAAAUGAUAAAAGUGAAAUCGAAACUUAUGAUCAGCUUGAUGAAAAAGUUGAAAGUGAUAAAAAAGUCAAAGAUUUUGCUCUUGGAAUUAACUCAAAUGCGGAAAUUGAUACUGAUAAAGCUAAACUGGAUACUAUUAAACCUGAAAAUACUAUCUUACGUCAGGCUGAUUAUAAAAACGAUGACAAGCCCUAUACAAAGUAUAAACCUCAUGCAGUUAAAAGAAUUCAACCUAAAAUAGCAAAGAAAAAUUUUGAUGCUUCAUUAACCAUGAAUGAUAGACAAGAUAAAAUUACAAAUAAAGAAGACAAAGUUGACCUGGAUGAUGAUUUUUCUAAAGCAGAAAUUGUACUAACAGAUAGUAAAGAAAGUGAUGAAAUUUCAGGGGACGGAUUUAUUACCGUAAACGAAAGAUCAGAUAACGAGGAUUCAGAAUCAGUAUCAAUAAAACACUUAAAAGAGGAUAAAGGAAUUGGUAACGUUUUAAGAUAUUCUAGAAGAGGUAUUAGGAGCAAAAAAUUGUUAAGAAAAUGUCACAGAGCGUGCAUAGGUGCGUACACAAGUGUUUGUCGACGAUUGAAAUGUUCUCCGAAAGCUAAAAGAGAUUUUAAGUAUCAAUGCAGAAAAAGUUGUAAAAGGACAUUUGGGAAAAGGAAAUAUAGUAGUUCCGAGAAGUAG